CCUCGCUUGUUGUACUGUGUGUGGUAUUGAUUGCUAGCUGGUCCGAUUUUCUAACUCAUUCUCUGCUUUGUUCGUGCUGUUAGUUGCUGUCUGUCUAAUUUCAUAACGCACUAAAAUGUCUAGCCCUGCAAGAUCAACCCGUAGCCGUCGGGGAGGAGAUAGUUCCCAGGAAAAUUCUCAAAGAACUCCAAUGAAGCAGAGCACUUCCAACAGUGAAACGGAAACGCCAAUGCGCAUUGGAAGCAGCAUGCCGACCAACGGGGCGAGUGUGGCGAUCGAAAGCUCCGAUCAAGUAACGGUGCCCACCUCGCCCGCGGUCGAUCAGCCGGUGGUGCAGGCGACCAGUCCCUACGGCCGUGCUGCUGGUAUGAGCCAGAUUGACAUCAGCUCGCCGCUGAACUAUGGAACACCCAGCUCGAUGGGAUCGAUUCGUACGCCCAGAUCCGGUGUUCGCGGUACACCAAUGCGCCAGCGACCGGAUUUGCGGGUGGAUAAGCUUCCGCGCCAAGUGAAUGUGGGCAGCUCGGAUGCACAUCUCGAUCCGAUACAAGAAGAGAGCCAAGCUUCGGCUGGUGACAUUCCUAGCUCCGGUCCCCGUUUGGUUGUGUGGGGCACGAAUGUCGUUGUGACGGAAUGCAUGAGCAAGUUUAAGCAAUUCAUCUUGCGCUACAUCGACCCGAAUGCGGCACAGGAUGAAUUGACGGAAGGCAUCAAUCUCAAUGAGCCACUGUACAUGCAGAAGCUGGAAGAGAUCCACACAUUGGAGGAACCGUACUUGAACUUCAACUGUUCGCAUUUGAAAACAUUUGACGAGACAUUGUACCGUCAGCUGAUAUGUUAUCCGCAAGACGUGAUCCCUGCGCUGGAUAUGGCGGUGAACGAGAUGUUCUUCGAGCGAUACCCGGCAGCUAUACUUGAGCAUCAGAUUCAAGUACGUCCGUUCAAUGCGGACAAGACACGCAAUAUGCGUGCACUCAACCCAGAGGAUAUUGAUCAAAUCAUCACGAUCAGCGGCAUGGUGAUCCGUACGUCGAACAUCGUGCCCGAAAUGCGCUGUGCGUUCUUCAAGUGCUCGAUUUGCAGCUUCUCCGUCGUGGUGGAGCUGGAGCGGGGCCGCAUUGCAGAGCCAACGCUUUGUUCGCACUGCAACACGAACCAUUGCUUCCAGCUCAUCCACAAUCGCUCGCAGUUCGCUGAUCGUCAGCUAAUUAAGCUGCAGGAAUCGCCGGACGAUAUGGCAGCUGGGCAAACGCCCCACAACGUGCUGCUGAUGGCGCACGAAGAUUUGGUGGACAAAGUGCAGCCGGGUGACCGUGUUACGGUGACCGGUAUCUACAAGGCGAUGCCGAUACAGGAGAACCCUCGUCAAUCGGCAAUGAAAUCGGUCUACCGCACGCACAUCGAUGUGCUGCACUUCCGCAAGGUGGACGAGAAGCGGCUGUACGAGGAGGAGGAGGGUAAGGACCACAUGUUCCCACCGGAGCGGAUUGAGCUGCUGAAGAAGAUUGCGGAGAAACCGGAUGUGUACGAUCGGUUGGUGCGCUGUAUCGCUCCGUCCAUCUACGAGAACACGGACAUCAAGAAGGGCAUCUUGUUGCAGAUGUUUGGCGGGUCGAAGAAAAAGCAGGCCACCUCUGGGCGGCAGAACUUCCGUGCCGAAAUACACAUUCUGAUGUGCGGUGAUCCUGGAACGUCCAAAUCGCAGCUGCUUCAGUACGUGUACAACUUGGUACCACGCACCCAGUACACAUCCGGCCGUGGCUCUUCGGCGGUCGGUUUGACGGCCUACGUUACGAAGGACGCCGAGACGCGACAGCUGGUGCUGCAAACUGGUGCUUUGGUGCUGGCAGACAAUGGCGUGUGCUGUAUCGAUGAGUUCGACAAGAUGAACGAUUCGACCAGAAGCGUGUUGCAUGAGGUGAUGGAACAGCAAACGUUAAGCAUUGCAAAGGUGGGGAUUAUCUGCCAGUUGAACGCUCGCACAUCGAUUCUGGCUGCAGCCAAUCCUUCCGAAUCUCAAUGGAACAAGAACAAGACGAUCAUUGAAAACGUGCAGCUACCGCACACGCUGAUGUCCCGCUUCGACUUGAUUUUCCUAAUCUUGGACCCUCAGGACGAGGUGUUUGAUCGGCGGCUCGCGGCUCACUUGGUUUCCAUGUACUAUGCAACGCGCGAAGAGGACGAAGAUACGCUAGUGGACAUGAGUGUGCUGCGUGACUACAUUGCAUAUGCCAAGGAACACAUCAAUCCAGUGCUGUCUGAGGAAGCCCAGCUGCGGCUCAUUCAAGUGUACGUCGACAUGCGAAAGGUGGGCGCAGGUAGAGGGCAAAUUUCGGCCUACCCUCGGCAGCUGGAAAGUUUGAUCCGUCUGUCGGAGGCUCACGCUAAGGUGCGCCUCAGCGAAACGGUAGAUGUGCAGGACGUCGAGGAAGCCUGGCGACUUCAUCGAGAGGCGCUGAAACAAUCGGCGACUGAUCCACUGUCCGGCAAGAUUGAUGUCGGUAUCCUUACCACGGGCUUGUCCAGUGAGGCUCGCAAAAAGCGCGCGGAAGUAGUGAAGUCAAUCAAGGCAAAUCUUAAAGCAAAGGGUAAAAUCUCCACCAUUCCAUAUCAGAAACUGUUUGGCGAAAUCAAGGACGGUUCACAAGUGCUCAUUACGAAAGAAAUGUUUGAAGACGCUCUGAAGGAAUUGCAGGACGAAGGAGUGAUCGUUAUCGUUGGCAACAACACGAUUCGCGUUUGUUAAUUUUCUAUUCUCGUAGGCUUACACUAUCAUCGUGUGUGUGUUUUUUUUAUGAACAUAUCGAACCCUCGUACCUUGAAAUGAAUAAUUUUUGGCAUAAUCCUAAGGUAAUAUUUUUCAUUUACUUCAUAAUAAUAAACAAUUUCUAAUA